GCUCGAGUCAGGAGUAAGCGAAAGCUGCCUGGUGUUCUGUUUCUUGAACAGUGAACAUUCUCCAAGUAUGGCUGAAGCUACUGUGCAAGCAAUUUUUCAAGUUGCUAGCGAAAUCUAUGAUAUUGUUCAAGAAGUGAAGGCAAACAAGGAGCGCUGUCAACGAUUCGCGACUCGUGUACGAUGCCUAGUCGAGCCCCUCAGGGGUGUGAGGAGGUUGAAUAACGCUGAUAACGCGAUUUAUGAACGGGCUCUAACCCAGCUUGAAAAAUGCUUGAGAGAGGGUAAGAUUUUCCUUGUCAAAUUUAGGGAUGCAGGAAUUAUCAAGAAAAUCUGGAAACGAGAAGACUAUAAGAGCGAUUUUGAUAACUUCAAUGUGAGACUGGACGGCCUUGUAUCGGCGCUAUCGUUGGGAUUGGAGGCAGCUACGAAGGCCAGAAUUGAUAAGAUGUUUGAACAACAGCGAAAGCUCAACGAAGACCGAAUGGAUGAAGAAAUAGAUUUUAAUAAAUUAUUAGAGGACUUGAAAGAAGGUCAACAGAAGAUGAGUGUUGACAUGGAUUCCAGAUUUGAUGAGGUAGAUGUCUCUCUUGAAGAAAUUACAGAGAAACUGGAUGAUCUUCGGAUGAGUAAAGAAACAAGUGAGCACGAUAAAAAAAUCGGUCAACCAAGUGAUGAGCUGAAGAUCAUAGAAAGUGAAGAAUUGAAAAUUAAAGAACUGAUAGGAGAAGGUCGAAUCGGUAAAGUCUACAAAGCUGUUUAUAACAAGCACACUGUUGCUGUUAAACGAUUCACAGAAAAGUCAACUGGGACAAUGUUAGCUAAGAACCUUAGAGAUGAAGCGGAGAAAAUGAAGAAAUUUGAUGCUGAGAAUGUAGUGAGAUUGUACGGAAUUUGUACAGAGAUUGGUUCACAUCUACUUGUUAUGGAAUAUAUGUCAGAAAAAGAUCUGCGAAGUGUUUUAGAUAAUCCUUCUAAGUACAAUUUAACCUGGAGACGCCGACUGCGCAUGGCCCUUGAAGGUGCUUGUGGUAUAUAUCGAAUCCACAAUGCAAAACCACCAAUGUUACAUCGGUCAAUUUCUAGCAGUAAGUUCCUUGUUAAUGAAGAUCUACACAUCAAAAUUUCAGACUGUGGAUUUUCUCUAACAAAGGCUUCUGCACGUAGACAUGAAAGCAGCAGUACAAAGACCACAUUAAAAUACAUUGCACCAGAACAUUUACAAGACGUCCAUACAUCCUAUACAGUGAAAAGUGAAGUAUAUAGCUAUGGAAUUGUGAUGUGGGAAAUUGCCACAUUGAAGGAACCAUUUGAAGGGAAGACAGAUUCUGGUGUGCAGAAAUAUGUCUGUGAAGAAAAGAAAAAAGAAGGAAUUGAAGAUCCAAAGUGCCCAGUUGAAUUUGCUGAUCUGAUUGAUAAAUGCAGAUCAUACGAUGCAUUUGUAAGACCAACUUUUGACGUAAUUGUGGACGAGUUGACAAAGAUACUGACAACGUACAACUAAGAAUCUUGCAAGUGUUGAAAUUAUUUCAGAAGAUAUUAUGGUGUGAAGAUAAAAGAGGCUGUGAAGACAUUUUUUUAUUUUUUUUAUUUAUGCUAUAAUAGAAACUACCUCCUUGACAGCUUUAUGUUGAAUGACAAGACAUUAUGGUGUGAAUGUUACUUGAUAAGUAAGCUGUUAAGAUAUUUUUGUUUAUCUGACAAUCAGUGUUUAACAACAUAAGAUUAACUAACAACAGCGAGUGGUGAUAGAGAUUUUGUGAAGAAUGCAUAAAUUAAGCAAAUAUUACCACUCAAUAUCUGACCAUUAAGUCUGUGCUGUUGAAUCACUAUCUUGAUUUCCCAUCAGCCUUUACUGCUAUUGUAGCAAUUUUAUUCGUCAUCACAUUCCUGAUACUACUAUUUAAGUAGUACAGAAGUCAAUUGUUGCUAGGGUAAACAAAUAUAAUGUGAGUGAAAUUGUAUGGUUUCAAAUAUUGAAUUUAGCACACUGCCAGAAUAACAAGUGUACAAAAAUGAAUAAGCACGACUCGUUCAUCAUCAGUGGAAUUGUGAAGAUAAUUUUACAUAAAUUCAAUUCAAUUCUAACAUAUUAGUUUUGAAAGAGUGGAACAUAUAGUUAAAGUAAAUAAUGUAUAAUUCAAUUUAAGUUAGGAAGCCAUUAGAUUUCGUCUAGGCAUAUUCACUAAGUUUAAAAUUGACUGGAUUGUGAUAGGAGCAAUACAUUAAGUAUUUCAUGCAUCUAAUUUUAGCUUAUCUCAUUCAGUAAAAUAUGAAAUUGCAAAUAAUUAUCUAUCAUGUAAAUGAUUAUAAAAAUUAAGCAAGUUAAUAUUGAUGGAUGUGAUACAAAUGUACCAAAGUGCCCUCAGAUUCUAUUAGAAGUACUCUUUCAAAAAUUUUCAUUAGCUAAUAACCCUUCAUUCAUUUUUCUUAA